GAGCUUUCAAAUCUUUAAGUAAAUGCUACUCUCGGACUUAAGUGUUUAACUAAUUAAUUUACCAGACAUGUCUUUAGUUUAGCUCCUGAUGACACUAAAAAUGUUGUAGCCUUGAUUUAGCCGCUCACUUCUGCUUUGUGUAGUAUUGUUGUUUUUUUUACUCCUUUAGCUUGUAAAGCAGUAGCGAUGUUUACAGAGCUCAACAGUAUCCUGAACGCCUCUCCGGACAGUCUCACGCCGGGGGAAUUUAUCCUUCUGUCUGACCGACGGAGCGACGCGUCUUUCCUCAUUCACCACUUCCUCUCCUUCUAUCUCCGAGCUCGAUGCAGAGUGUGUUUCCUGGGCCUGGUGCAGUCCUUCAGCCACUACAGCGCCGUGAGCCAAAGGCUGGGUGUCAGUCUAACCCAAGCGAAGGAGAAAGGUCAGCUGGUCUUCAUGGAGGGACUGAAGGAGGCUCUGUCUACUUUGAUUCCCCAAGCGUCCAGCUCAGGAAGUCAAGCCAUGGACUUCCUCAGGGAUCCGGCGGCCGGCCUGCGGAGCCUGUAUGAGUUUGUCCGGUCCAGCGCGGCUGAUUCGGGCGCUGCGGGGGGGUGGGGGCCGCCCGUGCUGCUGGUGGACGACCUGGGCGUGCUGCUGAGCCUGGGGGUCCGGGCCGGAGCCGUGCUGGACUUCAGCCACUACUGCCGGGCCGCCGUCUGCUCCCAGCUCCAGGGCAACGUGGUGAUGCUGCUCCGCUGCGACGGGGAAGAAGAGGAGGAGGAAGAGGAGGUGGGAGAGGAGGAAGGCUCGGGGUGGCUCCUCAGGGGCCUGACGCACCAGUGCAGCCUCAGUCUUCACGUGGAGGUGUGUUGGAGGAGGAGGCGGCGUGAUGCACAGCACAAACAGAAGCAAAUCUUUCAGUAUAAAGUCCACGAUAAAGGAGCCUCCUUUUUCGCCCGCGGGACAUCCAGUGCUGUUCUCUAG